GAUAAUUAAUAUUUGUACAUUUUAAGAUUGUCUGGCGGACCGAAAACAUCUAAAAAAUGUUGAAGUUGCUAAUUUUCAUUGCUGUAAUUGUCCAAAUAUCCAAUUUGGGGGUUUUGGCCUGCGAGAAGUUGAAAAAGACGGCAGCUAUUGAUUUCAAGCAGUAUUCCGGAGGUUGGAAUUGGGCAAUGAACAGUAAGGAUGAAUUUACUGACUUGUAUAAAUGCAGUCGUUUUAGUGUUGUGCAAAGAGGAAAGAAAUCUGCGAUCAAAAUCAGCUUAAAAUACGGACCUAAUCCACAUCAAGUAUAUCAGAUCGAUGCCAAGCAUAUCAGUGGAAACGUAUAUGAUCUGUCAAAAGAUUUCACUGCUUCCUGGAGAAACAUCAUACGAUACAACUAUCCCAAAACCAGCAAGUCAAUUCUGUCAAAGGAGGUUAAAGGUCACCGCAACCUUGUCUCUUUUUACGCUGAUAGACGACGUCGCUUUCUCAUCGCUUCACUUUGCCUCCCAAAUAACGAGCGAGCUGUAUGGGUUUUGACCAAACUCAGGCGCAACACGCCAACAUUGAGAAAGCUCAUCCAGAGACAACUAAAAAAAGCAGGAAUCAAGACUCAUGUCGUCCGAACUUACUGCCCACUUGUGAGAAAUGGAAAAGCUGGAAGAAGAGGAUAGUUCUAGUUAUAUGAAAUAUUUCAAAUACUUUACUGUAGGCGACUAUAACAUUUACUGUGUUCUCUUAUUCAGCAUAAUACAUAUUAAAAUGAUAUAUUUUCGUGGCAAUGACGCAACAGGGAUACCUGAAUCGCCUCACAAUGUUUUUUCACCAAAAAAAUAUUUGGCUGAAAUUGUAAAUGUAUAAUUUGGGGGAAGUUUUAAAUUGGAUAAAAGCAUUGUAACAUAUCUCCAUGAAUUAUCAAAUGUUCGAUCCAAUAAUAAUGAGUAAAAUACACAUUUCAUGAAUGAACAAGCGUCUUUUAUUUACCAGCAAGAUUACGGAAGCGCCUGUGUACAAAUUUAAUCUCAAAAAAAAAAAUAGUGAAUGCACAGAAAAUUUUACUUCUCUUUCAAUAACCAUUAUGAUUUUUUGGAGGAUUGAAAAUGUUCUAGAUUCCGGAUUUUUUAAUAUUCCAUAUAAUAUCGUUAUUUUUAUUUAAUGUACACGAAUGAAACGAUGAGUGAACAUUAACAAUAACGAUGAAAAAAUUUCAAUUAUAUAUUAUUGACACGUUUUCGAAAAGAAUUAGGUCGUUUAACUGAAUAAUAAAGCGUAUUAUAUUAACUAUAAUACGCCUUGUCUCUUCACCUGUUGAAGCGGGGUAACCGAACGACAAAUUGAUAUAAAUAAUCAGACUGAUAACAUCUUAUUGAUAAGUUUCGUAUGGAUUGUUGCCUUCUUUUAUUUUUUCGUAGUUAUCAAUUAAUUAAAUGUAAGCUCAAAUA